GGCGGAGCGAGCGUGCGCGGCGGGCGCGCGCAGGCUCCGCGACUCAGCCCUUAACCGCGUGCGCUGAUCGGCGUCCGCGGCGGGCGGCAGCUGAGCCCUGGAGCACUUGGAGCAUUUGGUCCCUGCCGUGCUGGAUGCCAUGAGUUGCUAAAAUUGAGACUGGCUUUAGAGCUGCCUUGGGGUGCGGCGUGGGGGGCACAGAGCCAUGUCGGACCUGCUACUCCUGGGCCUGAUUGGGGGCCUGACUCUGCUGCUGCUGCUGACGCUGCUGGCCUUUGCUGGGUACUCAGGGCUGCUGGCUGGGGUGGCAGUGAGUGCUGGCUCACCCCCCGUCCGCAACGUCACUGUGGCCUACAAGUUCCACGUGGGGCCCUAUGGUGAAACUGGGCGGCUUUUCACAGAGAGCUGCAGUGUCUCCCCCAAGCUCCGCUCCGUUGCCGUCUACUAUGACAACCCCCGCACGGUGCCCCCUGAGAAGUGCCGCUGUGCGGUGGGCAGCAUUCUGAGUGAAGGUGAGAAGUCACCCUCCCCUGAGCUCAUCCGACUCUAUCAGAAAUUUGGCUUCAAGGUGUUCUCUUUCCCGGCACCCAGCCAUGUGGUGAUGGCCACCUUCCCCUACACCACACCCCUGUCCAUCUGGCUGGCUACCCGCCGUGUCCAUCCUGCCCUGGACACCUACAUCAAGGAGCGGAAGUUGUGUGCCCACCCACGGCUGGAGAUCUACCAGCAAGACCAGAUCUAUUUCAUGUGCCCACUGGCACGGCAGGGAGACUUCUAUGUGCCUGAGGUGAAGGAGACAGAACGGAAAUUCCGGGGCCCUGCAGAGGCCAGUGAUGCCCAGGUGGAUGGCACAGGGGACAUGGGUUCGAGCCCUGGUCCGGGAAGAUCCCACAUGCUGCGGAACAACUAAGCCCAUGCACCACAACUACUGAGCCUGCGCUCUAGAGCCCACGAGCCACAACUACUGAAGCCCAUGUGCCUAGAGCCCGUGCUCUGCAACAAGAGAAGCGACCGCAAUGAGAAACCUGCACACCACAACGAAGAGCAGCCCCUGCUCGCAACAACCAGAGAAAGCCCACACGCAGCAGCUAAGACCCAACGCAGCCAAGAAUAAAUAAAUCAAUGAAUCAGUCAAAGAGGAACCAGAGAGCAUGCAGAGGGGAGCCAGGAGAUCAGCGCCCUGCCCCUUCCAUCAGAGCCAGCCUUCCUACCCCAGGUCCAGGCCAGUAGGUUGCUUGCCUGCUCUCAGCCCACCGCCUUUCGUGACCUCUCGUGACCCUGAGCUGUCCCCAGGGGCAAGGGGACCUGCUGGUAACAUCCCAAGUGGUCUUAGAGGGUCUAAGGCUUGGCCAUGCUUCUGGAGCCUCAUGUGACUCUGGAGGUCCAUGACCUGUGGGAGUGGUACAGGGCUGGGAGGAGAGUGACUGUCCCUCUUCACCUCUUGCUUUAGGAGACUCCCUCUGUCCAUCCAAUCUUCAACAGCCAAGGUCACCCUGAGAGACAUGUGUUGGCAGGGGCAGGGGGCGGGUACUGGGAGGCAGCCUUCACUCCCUAGGGGCCAUGUCCAACAGAGUUAACUUCAUCUGCCACUUAAUUACCUCCAUGGGGCACUGCUUCCACCAGCCUGGUAGUGCCUGGCAGACACUCUUCAGUGCCCCUACUGUGGGCACAGGACACGCUACAAGGUCAGCAGGCCAAGGCAGUCCCCAGGACAGGAGGGGAGCACCUUGACCUUCUUUCAACCUCCCUUGGCUGCCUGCACCCCCUUUCUUGUCCCCCCCAACCCAGCUCCCCUUCCAAACACCGCCUGCCAGGGUGUUGAAGGACUGCUUGGCACCCACUACAGCUGGCUGCAGCCUAGCUCCCAUGCCCCCAGCAACUUGGCCUGUCCUACCCACCAGCCUGCCCACCCACUCCCUGGAGUGGAGGCAAGGGGUCUGCUCUCCUCUGAUAGGGUCUGCCCUGGCACCUGGGGCGGACUCU